UUUCUUGAUGUUCUGCAGAAAAAUUAGAAAAUAAAUAUAAAUUCAUUGUGAACGCAAAUAAGCGCAACUAAGUGGGGGAACGGAAACGGGAGCCUGAACAAAUCUACAGUGCAAUCGAUAACCUUACUUUAACAAUAAUAAUAGUAAUAAUGCAAGAAGCUCUCGCAUAACGAAACCCAUCGACGUCGGAAGCAAAGUCAGUGUAUUCAGAGCAAUAACUACAUUCGUGGUUAUUGGUUGAAUCCCGCGUCGCCCUUUUCGUUAUCAUUAUACGUGGCGUUUCGAUUUGCACACGAUAGCGAUUUCAAUUGAGAUCUUACCAUGACGGAUGCCGCAGGUGGCGUUGUGGCUGUGGCCGGGGGAGGAGCAGGAGCGGAGAAGAAAAAGGGCGAUCCGGAAAUGAAGGGAUGGCUAUUGAAGUGGACCAACUAUAUCAAAGGCUAUCAGCGCCGUUGGUUUGUGCUGUCAAAGGGCGUCCUCAGCUAUUAUCGCAAUCGAACGGAAAUCAAUCAUACAUGUCGCGGUACCAUCUCGUUGCACGGCGCCCUUAUUCACACAGUGGACUCGUGUACAUUUGUCAUUUCAAAUGGAGGCACACAAACGUUUCACAUAAAGGCCGCCACCGAGGUGGAGCGCCAAUCUUGGGUGACGGCUUUGGAGCUAGCCAAGGCCAAGGCCAUACGGGACAUUGAAAGCGAGGAGGAGGAGGCCGAAGAGACGGCACAGGUUGUGCCCAGUCAGGAAAUAAACACAGUAGUAAGGGAUCUGACCGAACGGCUGGAAAAUAUGCGCACCUGUUACGAUUUGAUAACCAAACACGGUGCUGCCCUGCAGAGAGCCCUCAAUGACUUGGAAUCCAAUGAGGAGGAGUCGCUUGCCAGUCGCACUAAAAUUGUCAACGAGAGGGCUACUCUGUUCCGUAUUACAUCUAACGCCAUGAUCAAUGCCGGAAACGAUUACCUACAAUCAGCCGAGUCACAGGGUCACAAGUGGUCCAAAAUGCUGCAUCACGAGCGAGAACAGCGCCAGCGGCUGGAAGAGAUCAUCGAACAGAUGGCCAAGCAGCAGUCGCAAAUGGAGCAGGCCGCCGUCUUAGUGCGUCAGAAUAAGCCCGUUCCGCCAAUGGUCUCGUCCAGCACAACAAUGUCCCUAAAUGCAGGAGGCGGGGGUGCCUCCCAGUUGACAUCAGACGAUGAGGUUGAGUUCUUUGAUGCCCAGGAUCAUGCGUAUGGUACAUCCCCCCCAGAUGGAACCUUUAUCCUGAAGAUGAACAAGCGCCGCAGCAGCUCUGAGGAUCAGGUGGAGGGUCAAACAGGCAGCUCCUCCGAAAGUGAUGAACAAAAGCGCACGAUCAAGACAAUUCAACAGGUUUGUCUGGUGAGUGCUCCCCGCGUGGCAUCGGGAGGGCAUGCUGAUGACGACGAUGAUGAUGUGGAUCGUGCGUGCCAACCGUCCGAGCCGUUGACUGAACCAUUGCCGUCCGACCGCAAGCAAGUAAAACAGAGACGCACACGCAUCCCCGACAAGCCCAACUAUCCGCUGAGCUUGUGGUCCAUCAUGAAGAACUGUAUUGGCAAGGAUCUUUCGAAAAUCCCAAUGCCCGUCAAUUUCAAUGAACCGCUGUCUAUGCUCCAACGCCUUGUAGAGGAUUACGAGUAUGCCGAUAUUCUAGAUAUUGCGGCCAACUGUGAUGAUCCAUGCGAGCAAUUGGCCUAUGUGGCCGCCUUUACUGUCUCUUCAUAUGCAACUACAACGAAUCGAACCGGCAAACCAUUCAAUCCCCUGCUGGGCGAGACCUUCGAGUGUGAUCGAACGGAUGAUCUGGGCUGGCGUUGUCUGGCCGAGCAGGUUUCCCAUCAUCCACCCGUUGCAGCCUUGCACUGUGAGAGCAGCAAAUGGGUCUGUUGGCAGGAAUUCUCCAUGACAAGUAAAUUUCGUGGCAAAUAUGUUCAGAUCAAUCCUUUGGGUGGUGCCUCGGUUACAUUUCCGUUGAGUGGCAAUCGUUAUACUUGGCGGAAAGUGACCACAACGGUCAAUAACAUAAUCGUUGGCAAGUUGUGGGUGGAUCAGCAUGGCGAGAUGGAAAUCGAGGGCACCAAUGCUGCCCAGGGCAUUAAAUGCAUCCUGAACUAUAUACCCUACUCCUACUUUAGUCGCGAGGUGCAGCGCAGCGUGAAGGGCGUGGUCAUGAAUGGCAACAAUGAGGUUAAGUGGGUGGUGCGCGGCACAUGGGACAGCAAAAUCGAGAUCGCACCCGUUCUCCAGACUAGCGGUAGUCCCGAGAGUCGGACCUACACCACGGGAGAGUAUAAGGUAGCAUGGAGACGUCGCCCAGCACCACCAGAAUCGGAGAAAUACUACAAUUUCACGGAGCUGGCAUGUCAACUCAACGAAGAGGAAGAGGGCGUUGCCCCAACCGAUUCGCGUAGACGUCCCGAUCAACGAAUGAUGGAGGAGGGUGCCUGGGAUGCCAGUAACAAGGAGAAACUCCGCUUGGAGGAGAAGCAACGAACAGUCCGAAGACAGCGGGAGCAAGAAGCCGAGCAGGCAGCAGCCGAUGGCCGACCGUAUCCGGCCUAUGAACCAAUGUGGUUUAAGCGUGAAAAGGAAAUGGGCACAGAGAACUUUGUACAUGUCUACAAGAAUACAUAUUGGGAGGCCAAAGCCGACCAGGACUGGAGCAAUUGUCCGGAUAUAUAUUAAUCACACACAGAUUCACGCAAUUACGAUACGAUACGAAACGAACCGGUGGAGCCUUAGCAAAUAUAUUCUAAACGAUUUGAAAUAUGCAAGCCUCGAACCCCCGCUGACCCUUAAAACACGCCCAACUUCCCGAUCCUCUUAGCACAGAUAAUACAUCAUAACUACAAAGAAACCAACUAACAUGCUAAAAAGUAAUCUUCGAAUUAGAUGGUAUUUAAAUUUAAAUUCCUGUAAAUUAGCUAAAAUACGUUAAAAAUUUGGCCAUGUCUACUACCCCCUACUUCUUCAAUUUCCUUAUUUCCUUGCAACUUUUUAUUUCCCACAAUUUUUGGCGUCUAGGGUACAUACAUAUUUGUACAUAGAUCUUCUUAUCUACUAUAAUAACUAUAUGUUUAUAUAUUCAUAUAUAUAAUCAGCAAGUGGAAUACGACAUAAAGUUUUCACUCUAAACACACACAUACACACACACACUAACAGACAAAUGGACGAGCCUAAGUUUUCCUUUAUGCAGAAAUCAUGUUUUGCCUUUGUUAUAUAUAUAUAUAAAUAUACAUAUAUAUAGACACAUGUCGAACGAAAUUGAAGUCUAAACAAAACAAAACGAAAAAAAAGAGUAAUGUGAGGAAAUAUGUUAAAUGUUAUAAAUUUAUGCAAUUUAUUAUUAAAGUAUUAUUUAAAUAAAACAACAAAA